AUGGGGGAGUUCAAUCCGCUCUUCGAUGACGAUUCAUCGUCGGCCUCUCCCAUCUCGCCUCCGGCUCCGUCCGCUGCUGUUCAUUUCCCGCACGAGGGCGCUCUGCCCUCGUCCUCUCCUGCUGAGGCCGCUGAGUUCCCGUCUGAGAUGCAGUGCGCCGACAACGAACCAAAAUCUCUCUCUUCUUCUGUUCCGAAGUCUCCAGCGCAGCCGCAUCACCCCAGCGCAGAAAAGCGUCCGCGCGAGAGCGAAGACGCCUCCGCGGAGUCGGGUUCGCCGUUUCCCGCUGCGCAUGGCGGGGACGCGGCGAAGAAGAAAAAGCGGAAGCAGUUCCAGCGUGCCCGCAACUCCGAGAAAGUCCGUUUCCUCAAACAGAGGAGGAAGGAGAGACUCGAGAAGCACUCGGAGCUCCUUCUGCUUCGCGAGCAGCUGGAGAGCCGGAAGAGGGACGGAAACGCGGCUGAAGGCAAGGAAUCGAAAAACGCCGGAGGCGACGAGCAGCACUCCCCCAAGGUUCCCAAGAAAAAAUACGCGCUUCUCUUCGGCUACAACGGCGAGGGCUUCCACGGGCUGCAGAAGCAGCUUCAGCCGCUCGAGACGCUGCUGGCGCUGCAGCGCGAGCUGUCGACCGGCGCCUUCGCCGCGACGCCCCUCGUCGACGAAGACGCGACCGCGGGCGACGAGGUCGAGGAGACCGACGCCCCGGAUAUCUUCACCCCGCGUGAAGGCACAUCCGAGGCCGCCCCUGAGCCGGCUUCCACCGCCGCUGCCAAGGAAGCAGCGACUGCCACGAGCGCGGCCUCGUCGGCUGUGGUGCCCCUGCGGACGGUGGAGGGCGUACUGGAGGAGGCACUGCUGGCGGCGGGCGGCAUCGCGGCGUGUCAUGUUGGCUGUCUGCAGAAGCUCCAGUGGUCGCGCGCAGCUCGUACCGACCGCGGCGUCCACGCCGCCUGCAACGUCAUCUCGCUGAAACUCAGUCUCGGCCUCGUUGACGCCUUCCUCAGGAAGGAGUCGUGCCUCACAGAAGCUGCAGACACGCUGGAGUUCGACCCCGAUGGUGACGCCGAGGCCGCGAAAGACGCCGAGGCCGCUGGCGCCGAUGGCGAGAAGCAGCCGCAGAAGACAGAGGCGGAAAGGCAGGCGCAUCUUGCCUGGCAACGCGGGCGCGAGGCGGCGUUCCUCGACCGACUCAACGAGGCGCUGCCCGCAGACAUUAAGUGCUUCGCCGUCAAGCGUGUGACGAAAAACUUCGAUGCCAGGAUUUCCUGCUCGCGCCGUCGGUACGCCUUUCUGCUUCCCGCGUGGCUCCUCCAGCCUGUCGCCGUCCGACGGGAUCUCCGCAAGGUCUUCAAUCUGUAUCACGCACGAUCGGCCUCUCUUCCCUCGUCGCCUCCUCUCUCCGAAGGUGCGGCAGCGGCCUCUGCAUCGCCCCUAUCCGCGGAGGCGCGGGCCUGUUUGAAGCUCGCACUCGCCUCGGGGGCGGCCGAGGGCGAGGCGGCUGCGGAGACAGCCAGCGCGCCGGGCGAGUGCGGCCCCGCGGCGGGGACGGAGGGCGUGCAGAGUCCGAGUUCUUCGGAGAAGGCGCGCGCCGCAGAAGCCGUGAAGGCAGAGGGCAGAUUCCACCUGGGCGAGCGGCUCCUCGGCGGCCCGCCGCCGGUCAUCUCCAGCGCCGCGCUGCAAGACACGGCCUACGCACACCGCAGCGUCUUCGAGGACGACGGUCACACCCCCCUGCCGAAGCCUCUCUCGACGCCCGAGCUGGCGGAGCGCCUGCGGGCGGUGUUCAAGGUCUUCGAGGGCACGCACUCUUUUCAGAACUUCACAAAGGGCGGCAAGAACAAAGACACCUCGCCAGCAGCCUUCAAGCGCCACAUUCACCGCACCUCGGUCUCAGUGACAAAGCUGGAUGGCGUCUCCGACGACAUCCUCGUCGUCGAGCUCGAGGGUCAGUCGUUCCUCUUCAACCAAAUUCGGAAGAUGAUCGGGGUCGCCGUAGAGGUCUGCCGCGGAACGGCGACAGUAUCGAGCUUAACAGACUCGCUUCGUCCGAAUCGCAAGAACGUUUUCAUUCACACAGCGCCUGCGGAAGGUCUCCUGCUUCUCUCGCCCGUGUAUGACACCUACAACCGCACGCGCGCUGCUCCGCCCGAGCUGCCGCUGAUUGAGGUUGCGUCUCUGGAGGACGAAACAUCCGCCUUCCAACGCGCGGCGAUCCUGCCUUGUAUCGCGCGAUCCUUCUCGACUUCUGUGUGGAGCGACUGGCAAGAGAAUAUCAACUGGCAUCCCUUUUUCCUCGAAAACAUCUCUUUUCACGACGCCCGCGAGCUUGCAGAGGGCCAGGAAAAGAACCGCUCCCAGGCAGACCCGCGGGCGCUCCGCCAAGAAGCUCGCAUGUGA